GUCGGCCAAGGACUCUCAGCGCACCAUCCGGAAAAUCCUGCCUCGUGUGCCUCAAAACCUUCGCCACCAAAGCCAACGUGCGGCGUCACCUCGACGAGGUGCACCGCGGUCUGCAGCGGAAUCCCAACACACCCAGCGUCCCCCCACGGCCCGCCCAGCCCAACACACUGGAGGCCACGCCUCCCCGGAAGAGCAACAAUUCCUCUCCAACACGUAGCCACAACUCCAAGUCCACGCCUGUGAACACCAAAACAGCGUCCUCAAACCAAAACCAAGCCAAACCUCAGACUCAGCCCCCGGCCACUACGCAGGCAAACCCGGUGUCAUGUCGCUGCACGCUCUGCAAGAGGAUGUACAGCUCUCAGCUCAUGUUGAAGAGACACAUGCGCAUUGUCCACAAAAUAUACAGUGUGAAAAGUAACAGGUCGGCUGCCUCAGCACCCCCUGCUACUACAGCAGCGACUCCAACCAACAACAACACCAGCAGCAGCAACAACAACAACAACAACAACAACAACAGCAGCAGCACAAACGUAGCCUCAAGCAACAAUGUCCGGGUGAAGGAGGAAGCAGUCGAGCCCUCAGAUGACGAGGAGGAGGAGGAGGAGGAGGAGGAAGAGGAGGUUGACAGUAGUCCUGCCCCGUCUCCGAGUGACAGCACUGGUACAGCUAAAAGUGUUUCUGUGGCACCCAACUCCACGAAGGUGAAAGAGGAGGAAGCCCCACUGAGCCCAAAGACGAUGCCAUCGUCCUUAUCUUCAUCGUCAUCCUCCCGUACCGGCAGCGGCGUGUGCGUCGGCAACAAAAUGACCAAACUGUCAGUGGGCUUUGACUUCAAGCAGCUCUUCUGCAAACUGUGCAAGCGACAGUUCAGCUCGCGUCAGAACUUAACAAAGCACAUCGAGCUGCACACCGACGGCAACGAGAUCUUCAUCAAGUUUUACCGUUGCCCCCUCUGUCGCUACGAAUCACGCCGCAAACGGGACGUCCUGCGCCACGUGACUGUAGUCCACAAGAAGUCGUCCUCAUACCUCGGCAAGAUCAUGCCCAAACUGGAGAGCAGGGCGGUGAAGAGGCUGGCCGAGGCCGUCCUCAACAGCUCGAGCCCCAACAAAAGGACAAGCAGCAGCGUCAAAGAGGAAGUGAACGGACGCCACGCCUCUUCGUCGUCCUCCUCUCCUUCACCCCCAGUAACACGCAAGCAAGAGUGUUCCACAGCUGCUCCGGCCUCCUCUUCGUCCUCCUUGUCCUCCUCCUCUUCGUCCUCGGCCCCACCUCCUGCGCCCGCCACUCGGAAACAGCAGGAUCUCUCAUCGCCCCCUAUCUCCUCGCCCUCCCCUCCUGUCACCCGUAAGCAGGAGAGACAGCAGACUCACCAGCCUCGCCCCAUCAGCCCGCCGCUCACCCGCCGCAGUGAAAAACACACACACCUGCGCAACUCCACCUCCUCCACCACCGCCUCGCCCAGCAACCAACCGCCAAACACCCGACGGCACGAGGCACAGUCGGAGAGCAGCAGCACAGGGACGUCCUCCACUGAGGUCAGGGUGACCAAGAACUUCUCGCUCCACGCUUGUGACCAGUGUGGACGAGCUUUCGCCAAGAAGCUGUACCUGGAGUCUCACAAGCGGAGCCAUCGCAACGCAGUGACGACAGCAGCCAGCAAGAGGAAAGGAGUCAGCACUCGCUCCAAGUCACUGGUCUGGUGAAACACACAGUUCCGCUUGUGGAAAAAGGACGGGCGAGCCACUAACGAUGUAGAAGACAUUCAAGACUUUGAGUUUGAAAAACAAUGGAUGAGUGGAAGUAGCAGAGAUGCAGAAAACGACAGAGCAGGACAAGAGUGAAGUACAAAGGAUUUUUCCUUCUUUUGCCUAAGAACCAAAUAUAUUGAUGGACUAUGACGUAACUUUUGUAUAUUUUCACGAUGAAGCCCGUCAGCUCGCUGGACGGUGGCGCUGCUAUCCUCGAGUAGACUGCUCACUACUACUGCACACGUCUGUGUUUACUUACCGCAGUACGUAAAUAUGGAUCCAUGUGCAGACGACUGACUUGUACUGCUGUGCUCUCCGUAAACAGAAGGAUGAAGGUGUAGUUAUGUGUGUGUGAGUGAGUGUGUGUGUGUGAGAGUGAGUGUGUGUUAGAGGGGGUGAAUAAUAACUGGAGCCACAGGAAGGAGAAAGGAAAACUUUUUCUUUUGGAACAUUUUUCUUCAGAAGAAAGCAGACUUUCAUUUGGCCUUCACUUACACAGAGUGACAUAUUUCACUAUUAACAUUUCAUAUCAGUUCGUCUUAAUUUUUUCUGAACAUUCACGUUGACUGAGGCAUCAAUUUGUUCCGCUUGCUCAGUAUUACGACAAAUCAACGGAGAAUACACUUUCAACUUCCCGCUAAUUAUCCGUCCCCCUCUUCCCCCCCGUAUGUCUAGCUGCGUGCCUUAGAGUUGAACGUCACCUUAACCUUCUCACAUAAAGAUUUCCUCCCUCAUCUUUGUUGGAUUAGUAAUCCUAGCAGCCCGUAGUGUUAUUUAGUGACCAGUUGUAGCAGGAUCUAUCGCCCAGGUCUUAUAUUAGUUUAUCAAAUGUCUAUUAGUUACAGGGUUUGGUCAAAAUGAGGAAGAAUCCAAACUAUAUUUGCAGUUUACCCCAAAAAUGAUGUGUGCACUUUUCUGAAUUUUCUUUGGUCACUGGUGUUUUCUUACAUUUCCUUUAUUUUGUCUUCCCUUUUUAGACUCCUUGCAUGUUUGUGGAGGGCGUUUCCUUUACUUUGACCACACCCUGUUUUACCUCUGUACAUUAGCAGUGUUAUCAGGCUCAGAAAUAGUCUGGCUAUAGGAGAAGCAUCGGUCACAGUCGAACUGGCUGUUUAUGAAUUUUCUUUCCGAUAUCAUUUAUUUUAGAAUGAAACUGAUCAGUUGAACUGUUAACUCUGAAGUUUGCUAUAACACGACUAACAUGUUACUGUGUGAGAUGCUCUGCACAUAUUUGAGGGGUAAUGUGUGUUUGAAUCAUAGUUUGUAAAGAUGGACGACAUCACAGCUCCUCAAAAGUGGCUAACUGCGGUAUAGGUUAUAAAUACUGCUGCCUUAAGGUAGUUUCUAUCAUUUUCUUAUCACACUGAUGUAUUUCCAACUGAUCAUUUUGAUUUUAGUUUUUUGAUGCGAUAAAACGUGUUGGAACUUAUUGAUUGACAGCGCAGACUUUUAGCUGAAUUUGUUGUCGUACAACAGGACGAAGUGGAGACACGUCGUCCAUCUUUAUUUACAGUCUUUGCUUUGAACAUAUACUUUUGCAGACAAACUACUUUUGACUUUAGAAACAAUUUUCUGUUUUCUGAAAGGUUACGAUGAACAGGAAAUAAUAUGAAUUGUGCCGUGUUUGGCCGAUCAGAGCUGAAACCAAAACAGACGUGGCUCUCUCUUUCCGGCAGCAGCAGCAGCAGCGGCUGUAGCAGGUCUGAAUUGACAGGGUAUCCUUUUGUUGAUGCUGAAAUUGAUCAUAGAUUACCCAAAUAUCAAAAAUGUUAAAGCGAGGGGCCUGUUUAAACAUACUCUGUGUCUUUCUUUGUCUCAACUUUUUAACUUCACCAAUAUAAUCUCCAUUUUAAAAAAAAAUGUUUUACAUGGACUAAAUACUGCAUCAAUUCCUUUCAGAAUGAGCUUUCAUGUCCUAGAGCUGAAGCGGGGGCUGCGUGUGUUUGAUCGCAGCUCCUGAGGUAGUCUUUGAAAAAACACUGGCACACGGAGAGAGUAAGAAAGACCAAAUGUAGAUAUGUCUUAAUGUUCAAACAGAAAGCCAUGAAAUGGAACAAAACCAGAAAAAAAGGAAAGACCAAACUUUAUUUUUGUAACUAAAAAACACGACAGUCUUGAAAACGUGUAUAUAUGGAUUCAUCGUACACGAGUGGUAUAAACAAUAGUUCUAAUAGUCACAAUAGUUACUGACAUGUACUUAACUGUUGGUUGACCUUAUGCUACAAACAUGUCCGACUAGUUUCUACGUCACGUUGUAAUACUGAGGCAAGUUUUGCGUUGUUCCACGAUUAGUUGUCUUUUUUUGUUUUGUAUCUCAUUCCCUUUUCGGACGAGGACAUUUUUGUUGGGAUGGAAUCAAAACCUCAAAGAGACUCUUAGGACGUUUAUUUUUCCAAUUUUUCCUUUUAUUUCGUCAACAGUCGUUCUAUGUUAUUAAGGUCACAGUCUAGAGAACCUGAGAAGAGUUAGAGAAGCAUUUCAGAUGUGACGAGAAUGUUAAAAACCAACCACUUAAUGAAUAAAAAUGUACUGCUUCAAACCUCA